AGUUCCAUGGUAGAGGCGAGAGCAGGUGAUUAAAACCCAUCCCUUGUCUCGAGUGAAGCAUCUGGGACGGAGUGAGUGUGGUUAAUGAUCAAGGGGCUCUCCAAAACUCCUCUCUAAAAGUUUUUCUUCGACUCGACUGGACGAUUCCUCUCGUCGUUAUCAUAUCUCCUCUCCAGGAGCGUGUUUCCCGAGGGGAUGGAUUCUGUUCGACGCACUUACACCAUUAUGCGAGGUCGUCACAUAGACAAGCGUGUUCCUUCUAAAGACUUUCUCUCUGCUUUGGAUAAAGCUGAAACUGCUGUACGUCUGCCUACUGGGACGGGAAAAGACAUCGGGAAUCCUUCCUGGAAGCGAUCUCUGCCUCACGUGCUCGUUGCAUCCUUGACUUCGCUUUUAUUCGGCUAUCAUCUCGGGGUUGUUAAUGAAACUCUCGAAAGCAUAUCAAUUGACCUUGGCUUUAGUGGAAACACCAUCGCUGAAGGUCUUGUGGUUAGCACGUGCUUAGGCGGCGCCUUUAUUGGGUCUCUGUUCAGUGGGUUGGUAGCGGAUGGUGUUGGGCGCCGUAGAGCUUUCCAGUUGAGCGCUCUACCCAUGAUUGUUGGAGCUUCAGUGAGUGCAUCAACUGAGAGUCUUGAGGGCAUGCUCCUGGGAAGGUUUUUGGUCGGAAUUGGGAUGGGCAUAGGUCCUUCUGUUACGGCUCUCUAUGUAACUGAGGUGUCACCUGCUUAUGUGAGAGGUACAUAUGGGAGUUCUACCCAAAUCGCGACAUGUAUUGGACUCUUAGGAAUCCCCUCGUCUUUUGCUGCAAAUUCAUUAGUAGAUUUCGACAUGAGAACCAGCUUUGCAGGGAAAGGAAUCCUGGAGUUUAUCACAUGCUUUGGUCUACUUGUCCCAGCCGCAAUGCUUGCUGUCUUCAUGGAACUCUGCGUGGAAAGUCCUCAGUGGCUUUUUAAGAGGGGAAGGGCAGCUGAAGCUGAAGCCGUGUUUGAGAAGCUAUUGGGAGGGUCAUACGUCAAAGCUUCUAUGGCAGAGUUAAUGAAGUCGGAUAGGGGAGAUGACGCGGAUUCAGCCAAAUUGUCGGAGUUGCUUUUCGGGCGCAGUUUUAGAGUGGUUUUCAUUGGAUCUACCCUUUUUGCUUUACAACAGUUGUCGGGGAUAAACGCUGUGUUCUAUUUCUCAUCAACCGUCUUCAAGAAAGCUGGUGUACCUUCAGCCUCUGCAAACAUAUGUGUAGGAGUUUGCAACCUCUUAGGUUCAACUGUAGCGGUGGUUUUGAUGGAUAAGCUGGGGAGAAAAGUGUUGCUUAUUGGGAGUUUUGCAGGCAUGGCAGUAUCGCUGGGUCUCCAAGCAAUAGCAUAUACUUCGCUUUCAUCGCCCUUUGGAACCUUGUUUCUCUCAGUUGGUGGAAUGCUACUGUUUGUGUUGUCGUUCGCAACUGGAGCUGGUCCUGUUCCAAGUCUUCUCCUGUCUGAGAUAUGCCCUGGUCGACUUCGGGCAACAGCGUUGGCCGUUUGUCUUGCUGUUCACUGGGUAAUAAACUUCUUUGUGGGGUUGCUGUUUCUGAGAAUGCUGGAGCAACUAGGUUCGGUGCUUCUAAAUGCAAUCUUUGGGUUCUUCUGUGUGGUGGCAGUCAUCUUUGUGCAGAAGAACGUGGUUGAGACUAAAGGAAAGAGCCUCCAAGAGAUAGAAAUCAGUCUGCUCUCUUCCACCCAGUGAUCUCUUUAUGCAGAGAAUUCGUAUUAUUCUUCUGGCUCUCUUUUUUUCCUUGGAGGGAUACAAGUAAAAUGUACUACUAGUA